GGCAGAGGAGGAGAGGAGAGGAGAGGAGAGGAGCCAAAGGACAAAAAGUGCGGACCGCAAUGGAGACGAGCUAACCGCAGCCCGAGGAGGACGACAGCGUCGUAGCAGUCAGAGACAUGCGGGGGGAGCACACGCCUCUUUAGCCUCCAACACACCUCGGUGGUCAUUUUGGAAGACCACCUUCCAAUCUACAGCCGCAAGAGACAGAGGGGACUUUUUUUAUUUUUAUUUAAGACAAAAGUUUACGGUGCUCGGUGCAGACGCGGCGGCUACACGAUGCGUGCAAGCCGGACAAAGUGGUUCGCAUCGACCGCGCUGCUAAUCCUACUGGCCGCUCGCUGCUCCCCAAGUCAUAUCUCCCUGACAGAGCAACAAGCAAACCAGUUCCUGAGCAGACACCGGAGAGCUAAUCAAGUCUUUGAGGAGACCAAGCAAGGACACUUGGAGAGGGAGUGUGUAGAGGAGAAGUGUUCCAAGGAGGAGGCCCGGGAAGUGUUUGAAAACGACCCCGAAACUGAGUACUUCUACCCCAAGUAUUUAAAUUGUUUGGAGAAGUUUGGAGGUUCACCAAAGAAGAAAGAUGAUCUGAUCACAUGCGUCCACAACAUUCCGGAUCAGUGCUCCCCUUCCCACUGUCACGCCAGAGGAAGCGUGCGCUGCGAGGACAAAAAGGGUGCCUUCCUCUGUCACUGUUUUUCAGGUUGGACGGGGGACCUCUGUGAUCAAGAUGUUGACGAGUGCAACAAGAGCAAUGGAGGAUGUGACCACGAGUGCAGCAACACCAUGGGAAGUUACCACUGCUCCUGCCAGCCAGGUUACAUGUUGCGAGGACAUCACAUGUGCGUUGACGUGGACGAAUGUCAAGAUGUUGUCGACGUUUGUGGAUCAGCUCACUGUGAGAAUAACGAGGGAGGCUACCAAUGUCUCUGCGACCCUGGCUACGUCUUUGACAAUGAGAGCAAGAGUUGUGUGGACGUGGACGAGUGUGAGGCCAGCGCGUGCGCCGAAGAGUGUCUCAACACUUUGGGGAGUUUCCGCUGUUUGUGCGACGGGCGUCAGGGCAGGAAGCUGGAGCAGGACCUCAGGAGCUGUAAGGCGAUAACUCCGUGUAUGAAGCCGGCUCUGAAAAGGAAUUCUCGCUCUCUCUAUCUGGGCCGCAUGUUCAACGGCUUGCCGGUGAUGAGGCUGCGCUUCCGUCGAAGGAUUAACACCGGUUUUUCCGCAGAGUUUGAUUUCCGGACCUACGACCCGGAGGGAGUGAUCUUUUUUGCCGGCGGCCACCUGAACAGCUCCUGGAUCGUGCUGGCAAUUCAUCAUGGGAGACUUGAGUUGCAGCUGAAAUACGGCACAGUCAGCAGAGUCACCAGCAGCGGACCCGUCGUCAAUGACGGCCAGUGGAGGAAGAUUUCAGUAGAGGAGCAGGGGCGGAGUCUCGUGAUUAAGAUCGACAGGGAGGCCGUCAUGAAGAUCGCCGUUAACGGUGAUCUGUUCACGCUGAAGAAGGACAUGCAUGAGCUCAACCUCACCGUAGGAGGAGUCCCCUUUAAGGAGAGCGGCCUCGUCAGCAAGGUGAACCCGCGUUUGGACGGCUGUAUGAAGGAGUGGCGCUGGAUGACUGGAGAAGACAGGUCCAUGCAAGAAAGCAUCAUGACCAAUGAGAACAUUCAGUGUUUCAGCACCGAGAAUCCCGGCGCGUAUUACCCCGGCACGGGCUUUGCGCUUUUCAACAUUAGCUACGAGUCCCAGAACCUAAGUGUCCAGUUGACCCUAUAUCCGACGACUGCCAUCGGGGUGCUCUUUGCUAUUGUUCGCGAAGACACCGUCCCUCUCUCUAUCGCGCUGGCGGACUAUCACCCUGGCAUCGAUGAGUGGAGAGACUUUGUUCUCGUAACGGCGGGUGACGUCAUCCUCGCCAGCUCACCGGCGCCCCUCUGCGAUGGCGAGAGUCAUGAAAUCGAAGUGAAGAUCUCCGGGAACCGCACCCGGCUCUUUAUCGACGGCGAGCCUGGACGGAGCCAAGAUGCAGAGGUCAACCUUCUUUCGCCGUCCAGCACCUUCAUUGGAGGUCUCCCCGAUGAUGUUCCGCUGGUCUCCACACCGGUGUCUGCGCCAUUCAGUGGCUGCAUGAAGGUCACCGUGAACGAGCAAACUCUAGACCUGGACCAGGCCCUCCAGAAACACAACGACAUCCGCUCCCACUCCUGCCCCCUGCUGGAUUCUAACCAGUGACCUUGCAACAAUGCUCUCUGCCAAUCCAGAAUAUUUGUAAAAUCAAACCUUGAGUAGAGAGGAGACUUCUUCGAUUUAAAUAUCAUGAAAUGUAAAGCAGGUGUGGUCCUACUGGGCCCUCAGACCCUUUUUUUUUUUUUUCUCAACUGUGACAAUGGUGCUUGCUGCCUGGAGGCUCUAGCAAGGAUUUUUUUUUUUUUUUGCGUAUUCUAAGAAAAAUAAUAAGGCAACAAAAUCCACUUCAUCAGUCAGCAGUCAUAAGAUGGAAUGCAUCAUGUGUCGCAUUACCUCAAGUUAUCCCCGGGAAAACGCGAGGCUCGAUUAUGCUCCUCUUGCUUAUUUCAACUGUGACCCGAAGCAGAAUACUGCCCAACUUGAUUUCAGACCGAGCAAGGGUUCAUUCCAUCCACUCAUUUUGCAUAUUCUAGAAAACCUUUGCACAUAGUUGCAGGUAGAUAUGGCGUAUAACAUGAAGCCAUCUUCAGAAGCUCAUCGCCACCGACUCCAUGUCUACCUGCAACCUUGAAAAAAAAAAAAAAUCUACCUUGUGCCUACUUGAGCGCUCUGAAAACAGGCGAACUCUGUCACGUCAUGAUUUGGUGACACGUGUCGACUCCGCUUGUGCACCAAGAUCUCAAAUCUCGAUCCUUCAGAGCUAAUGCUAAAACCGCCGUAAUCUAGUCCGACAAUGACAUCACGAUGGAGGAAGAGGAGGCUGCAGAAGUGAACGACCACUGUAUCCAACGUACCAUACAAGCUACUGAACGGAAAACUAGUGCGCUGUAUUAUACUAAGUGUGUAAAUAAUGUGACUUGUACAAUGCUUGAUAGAAGGACCGAAACUCGCCGUACGUACUCACUGAGGAUAUCUUUGCAUCAAAGUUAAACAACACUUAUAGGCUCAAUUUAAUGUUCUUCAUACAAAAUAAAAUGGUUUUCCCGUAAAUGGGAUUAAAAGCAAUAGUCAGAAACUUGAUUAGAAUUUCACAGAAUCACUGUUUAAUUGUUCAUUUGGUAAAUGCUGAAUAAACCGAAAAAGGAAUGUUGAGACUGAGAAGCAUCUCGUGUUAUUUUUUGCUUUACUUUGGUGUACCGUUGUCAAGUUUUGUCAUGAAUUGAAUGCAUUUUUUUUUUUUUAAUCAUGUUAGAUAUGUUGUGAUGUCUGAUGAUUUUUGUUUUAUCAGCUCAGUGUCCAAUGGGACAAUUAAGUUUUAAUCUUCCAGGCUGAGAAUUGUAUUUAAAAGCAAAAUAAAGGAUUCAAUGAGCAUGAA